AAGUGGGAGCUCUUCUUGUAUACUGAGGUCAAGGUAGUGCUUUACUUGAACAUGAAAUCAACAAAGAACAGAUUUACCCAGCAGAAAGUCUUUUUACUGUUAGAGGUACCUACCUUACCCUAUCUAUGUUCUCUUUGGUUUCCACGGUGCGGAUAACUCUCCACAAUACCUGAAUUGAGCUUCCCCGCAGUGGCGGACUAAACCACUUAGCGCGUGGACGACGCGUCUUCCAGGAAUCGCAUCCCCCACCACGCGUCUCUGCGACUUUUUUGAUAGUUGCAGCAUAACCGUUUUGCCAUUAUUGCGAAGACCAAAAAGAAGCCACUGUGAUCUGAUAAGAAAAAGAACGAAAACAAGAACACCGAGCAAAAUCUAGAAACUAUGACGUCAUACGGAGGCAACAACUUCUCAAGGACGGGCUACAAUGCCCAAGGCGCUGAGGAUGGAGGGGGCUUCAUGGGAGGCUCGCAACAGGGCUCCCAGGGAGGUGCAGGAGGCAAGAGCUACCAAGACGAGUGCCUCAAGCCCGUAACCAUCAAGCAGCUCCUCGAUGUACAAGCCCCGUACCCGGACGCCGACUUCGUCCUCGACGGCCGCCCAAUCACACAGAUCACCCUGGUGGGACAGGUGCGAUCCAUCAACCCGCAGCCGACCAACAUCACGUACCGGAUCGACGACGGCACGGGCAUCAUCGACGUCAAGAGGUGGAUCGACCCGGAGAAGGCCGAGGACGCCGACGCGGCCUCGCAGCACCAGCCCGACAGCUACGUCCGCGUCUGGGGCAAGCUCAAGGCCUUCAACAACCGCCGCCACGUCGGCGCCCUGUUUGUGCGUCCUGUCGAGGACUUUAACGAGGUCAACUAUCACAUGCUCGAGGUCGCAUAUGUCCACCUCGAUGCCGUCAAGCAGAGCCAUGGAGGUGGCGGUGGUGCUGGUGCUGGCGCCGGCGGCGACGACAAUAUGUUUGUCGACAGCUACGGUGGAGGCGGUGGCGGCGGUGGCUCAAAGGCCGCAAACUGCUCCACCAACGCCCAGCGGCUAUUCAACCACCUCCAGAACUCCUCUGCUGGUAACGAAGGCCUGGAGGCUAACGUUAUCGCCAGGGGCAUUAACAUGUCGGUGAGGGAUGUCGAGGCCGCUGCUGACGAGCUCUUGUCGGCUGGUCUUAUUUACCCUACAGUUGAUGACCAUACAUGGGCUACAUUGGACUAUUGAAGAGCCUGUUUUUUUUUUUUUUUUUCUCGUUUUCUUUUUGAAAAGAUUGAGUCUGCGGCCCAGC